AUGAACACUCUUGAAGUCUAUCCAAAUGUGGAAGCCAUAAAUGGAAGCUUGCUGAGUCUUCUUGUAGAAAGUGCUGUUGAUUGGGCCCAUGCAGUCGGUAUGGUAAUGCGUACGUCAGACAGGAAGGAUUCAAGUGAUAUCUGUCAAACAGCACCUUUUACGUUGCUUCCUUCACCAUUUCCUCGUAAUCUGUUUGAACAAGCAAUGGAUGUGCAGGAGGCUAUGAAUUUAUUAUACUUCCGAAUAGCUUGGGAUUUUGAUUUCCUAAUUGCCGCACAUUCUGAAGUUGUCAAAACAGAUGAGUUUGUGAGGCACAUGACAGAUAUUUUAAAAGAAGUCCGCCGAGAGGGAAUCAAGCAAACGAAAACGCUUCUUACUCAACGUGCUGACUAUAUGUGCCACAGCACUAAAAAAGAAAUGGUCUUGCGUCAAAUAGAAGUCAACAACAUCGCCGUUAGUAUGGGGAGUUUAAGCGAAAGAGUGACUACUUUGCACCAGAGGACAUUGCAAGAUCUUGGAGUCUCAGAAACAAUCAUAAAAAGUGCCAUACCUGAGAACAAACCAAUAUCUACAAUUGCCAGAGUUUGUGCUUCUCAGUUUAGGAAAGAUUUUCAAGACAGCAGUGCUAUUAUUUUGUUUGUGGUUGAAGGGAACGAUCAAAAUCAGCUUGAUCAGCGUCACGUGGAAUACCGCUUAGAUGAACUGAGCUGUAGGCGUAUUAAGUGCAUUCGGAUGACAUUUACCGAAUGUGCAAAACGAUUACACUUGGGUGGUCCAGAUGGUUAUUCACUGCUGCUGGAAGACAAGGAACGUAUUGCGAUCGUUUAUUUUCGGGCCGGCUAUACUCCAGGUCAUUAUCUAACUGAGAAAGAGUGGGAAGCACGUUUGCUGAUGGAGAAGUCCAAUGCGAUAAAAUGCCCCUGGAUAGGUUUACAGCUUGCCAAUACGAAAAAAGUGCAGCAGAUCCUCACUCAGGAGGGAGAAGUGGAACGUUUCUUCCCAUCUGAUCCAGAAGCAUGCGAGAAAAUACGAAGAACCUUCGCAAAAAUUUGGGGAUUAGAAAAAGACAAGCAGUCGACUGCUGACAUAAUAAAGGAAGCACUAUCUAAUCCUAAGUUAUAUGUAUUGAAACCACAGCUGGAAGGUGGUGCAGGAAAUUAUUAUGGCCAAGAAGUGGCUGAAAUGAUAAAGAAAUUGACUUCGGAUGAAAUGGCUGCACAUAUCUUGAUGGAGAGGAUUUAUCCAAAAGCAGUCAAGAAUUUUUUGGUGCGGCCCCUACAAGAAGCUAAGCUAACGAGUAUAAUUGGAGAACUUGGGAUUUAUGGCUGUUUAUACGGUUAUGGAUCAUUUAAUCCGGACGAACUAAAAGUCCUGUCAAAUUCUGCUCACGGCCAUAUCAUUAGAAGCAAAGCUGAGACAGAAAACAGGGGAGGAGUUGCUGUUGGAGCUGCAGUGAUAGACAGUGCGUUCUUGUAUUAA